ACAACAAAUAAUCCACAUUCAAAAUGCCAGCUACUCCAACAAAUGGUCAUGCCAACGGCUGCACUGUCAACGGCAAUGGUACUCAAUAUGACAUGGAAGAUGGUCAAUCAUUCCUUUUUACUUCCGAAUCUGUAGGCGAAGGACAUCCAGAUAAAAUGUGCGAUCAGAUUAGUGACGCCAUUUUGGAUGCCCACUUAAAACAAGAUCCCGAUGCCAAAGUUGCUUGCGAAACCGUGGCUAAAACUGGUAUGAUUUUGUUGUGCGGUGAAAUUACCUCCAAAGCUGUUGUGGAUUAUCAAAAAGUUGUACGUGAAACAGUUAAACACAUUGGUUACGAUGAUUCCUCAAAGGGUUUUGAUUAUAAGACUUGCAACGUUUUGUUAGCCUUGGACCAGCAAUCACCGGAAAUUGCCGCUGGAGUGCAUGUUAAUCGUGCUGAAGAAGAAAUCGGUGCCGGAGAUCAGGGUAUUAUGUUCGGUUAUGCCACCGAUGAAACCGAAGAAUGCAUGCCCUUGACCGUUGUAUUGGCACACAAAUUGAAUGAGAAAAUUGCCGAAUUACGCCGUUCCGGUGACUUCUGGUGGGCCCGCCCCGAUUCGAAGACACAGAUCACCUGCGAAUAUUUGUUCAAUCAAGGCGCUGCUGUACCCAAACGCGUUCACACAAUUGUCAUUUCGAUGCAACACUCGGAAAAGAUCACACUCGAGGAUUUGCGUAGUGAGGUUAUGAAUAAAGUUGUCAAAGAAGUCAUUCCCGCCAAAUAUUUCGAUGCCAAUACAAUUGUACACAUUAAUCCAUGCGGUUUGUUUGUCAUUGGUGGACCAAUGGGUGAUGCUGGUUUGACGGGACGUAAAAUUAUUGUCGACACCUAUGGUGGUUGGGGUGCUCACGGUGGUGGUGCCUUCUCCGGCAAGGAUUACACCAAAGUAGACAGAUCGGCCGCCUAUGCCGCUCGUUGGGUUGCCAAAUCAUUGGUCAAGGCUGGUUUGUGCAAACGUUGUUUGGUCCAAGUGUCAUAUGCCAUCGGUUUGGCUGAGCCACUCUCCAUUACAGUCUUCGAUUAUGGUACUUCACACAAGACACAAAAGGAAUUGUUGGAAAUCAUUCGGAACAAUUUCGAUUUGAGACCCGGUAAAAUUGUGAAGGAUCUCGACUUGAAGAAACCCAUUUACCAGCGCACAAGUACUUAUGGCCAUUUCGGCCGUGACGUUUUCCCAUGGGAACAGGCUAAACCCUUGAACACCAAUGGACUAGAAGCUGACCUGCAGCAGCUGCCUCAGCCACCGUGUGCUAAAAAGUCUAAAACCGCGUAAUUUUUAGUUAUAAUUUUAAAAUUUUACUAUUCUUUUUGUCCUUCUCUUCUCUUUUAUUAUUAU